ACGACAUUUGCAUCACUUGGAAAGUAGGUUCUGUAGGUUCCAGUUCGAAACAAAAUUUUAAAGGUUCCCUAUCUAUUUUUAUCUCAGCUAUGCUUUCUCACAGGGCUGCCUCCGGGCUUCUUGCCAUUUCUAAGCGUCUACCACGAGCACUGCCAGCUCGUGCAAUCGCCACCACUUCGUUCUCGUCGAAAAAAUUCAACCAUCCUCUGACAGUAGACGACGUGCCUAGAGCUGCAGGAUUUCCUACAAUGCUCCGGCUUCCUAUGCAGUCUACAGCUGAUGGUUUGGAUGCAUGUUUCCUCGGAAUUCCAAUGGACAACGGUACUUUUGCUCAUCGAACUGGAGCGCGCAUGGCUCCAAGACAGAUCCGCUGCGAAUCUUGUUUAGUACGUCCUCAUAACACUCACACGGGUGCUGCACCUUACGAAUCGCUGAUGGUGGCCGAUGUUGGCGACGUAUCGGUCAAUGUUUUCGACAUCGAAGCCAAUAUUGGUAUCAUACACAAACACGUGGCCGGCAUUAUCAAUAAUGGAUGUAAACCUUUGAUUAUGGGCGGAGAUCAUACUAUCACAUAUCCAAUUCUAAAAGCCAUGAAGGAGAAAUACGGCCCUGUGGGACUUGUUCAUCUUGAUGCUCACCCAGAUACAUCUAAAACUACCUUUGGAGAAAAAAUCACAAACGCCACGCCAUUCCGCUUGGCAACUGAAGAAGGACUACUGGACUGUGAACGAGUUGUCGUAAUUGGUCUACGAGGGUCUGGGAACAGUCCGAUUGACUACGAAUAUGGUAGAAACCUGGGUUUCAAGAUAGUUCCCGCUAAGUACUGCUGGUACAAAUCCAUGGCGCCUUUGAUGGCGCAGGUUAGAGAACUUAUGGGAGAUGCACCUGUUUACAUCACAUUUGACAUCGACGCAGUAGAUCCUGGUUAUGCACCUGGAACAGGAACACACGAAAUUGGAGGUUUGACGUCAAUUCAAGCCUUGGAGAUAAUCAGGGGCUGCAAAGGAAUGAACAUCAUUGGUGGAGACUUAGUAGAGGUUUCGCCUAUGUUUGAUCUACAAGGAGCAACCUCGAUCCUCGCCGCUAAUUUCCUAUUUGAGAUGCUGUGUGUUUUGCCAGGAGUAGUCUACAAAGAUCCCCCUGGAUCAGAUUUUGAGUUUUAAGCCUGAGAGGUUCAAUUUCAGCUUUGCUGUCAUGCUUGUCUCGACACGACGAGCGUGAAAAGAAUCUCACAACACUUUCGCAAUCUGCGCCUUAAAGGUGCAAAUUAUUUUCGUCCAAAACAAAGUAGUUUAACGCUGGUUAAAUAUCAGUAAAAUAUUCGAAAAAUAAAUAGAAAUAAA